GCCAAAAUAGAAGAUGGAGAAAAAAAUGCAAAGGAACAAGAAUUUAACUUCGAAAAAGCUCGGCUGGAAGUGCACAAGUUUGGAAUUACUGGCUACAAGAAGCACGAACAACGUGUAUGGGAACAGGAGCGUGCAAUCAUGCUGGGAGCCAAGCCCCCCAAAAAGGAACAUGUGAACUACAGGACUUAUCAGGAGAAAAUGAAAGAGAAAAAAACAACAAAGGAUGAUGAUAAGGGAAAGGUUUGUAAAGGUGAUUCUCUUAAGAAGAAGAAGAAAAUACAGAAGGAGAGGAAGGCCAAAAGGAAGAAAUCGGUGCCUAGCAUUUGGCCUGCAGGACAAGUUGGAAAAUUCAGAGAUGGGACCUUGAUUCUGCAAAGCUAUGACAUAAAGAAAAUUAAAUCAUCUAAAGUUAUCAAAUGA